AUGCGUCUUCCGUCCAUCUCCAUCUCGUCAUUCGGGCGGCCGCUCUUGGCAGUGGCCCUUUCAUCCUGGCUGUUGUCUGAGCUUCUGCCAGCGGCAACGGCGCAGUCCUCAGCCACGCCUCCGGGCAUCGUCGUCGGCGUCUCAAACGGCAUCAACAACAGCACAGGCCAGAGACCCUCACGCAUCAACAUCAACGACCUCUACAAUGAAGCAGGUCCACAUUGGGAUCUCUACGUCCAGGCGUUGGACAUGUUCCAGCGGGACGACAUGACCGAGAUCGAGUCGUACUACCAGAUAGCAGGCAUCCACGGACUCCCAUUCCUGCCAUGGAACGGCGUCAACCAGACCACCGGUGGUGCCAACUCGGGAUAUUGUCCCCAUGGCCAAACAACCUUCAUUAGCUGGCACCGCCCCUACCUCGCCCUUUUUGAACAGAUCCUCGCCCGCCAUGUCCUCAAGGCCGCCAAGCAGUACCCAGUCGAGACCGUCGACGCCUACACGGCCGCCGCCCAGACGUUCCGCAUCCCCUACUGGGACUGGGCCCAGGACGCCAGCCUGCCGCCCGCCGUGGUGGGCCCGACCGUCAACUUUAACGGCCCCGCGGGUCCAGCCACCAUGCGCAACCCCCUCGUCAGUUUCCAGUUCCCUAAUUUCCCGUUCCACGGCGGCGGCUUCGGCGGGUCGCUGGCGCAGUUUAACGAGACGAAGCGGUGCACGACGGUGUCGGGCGCGGCGGCGGGUGUGAGCGACGAGGACCAGGCGAAUAGUGUGAUGGGGAUUGACGGCGGACAGUUGCAAGAUAAAGUGUAUGCCGUCUUUACACACAGCACGACAUUCGAGGCAAUGGCGACCAUGUCCAACGCAGGCGCCAGCUUCGAGGAGCCGCACAACGUGGUGCACAACGACAUUGCCUGCUUCUCCGUGGCCGGCCACUCGGGCCACAUGGGCGACCUCAACUGGUCGGGCUUCGACCCCAUCUUCAUGCUGCACCAUGCCAACGUAGACCGCCUCUACGCCAUGUGGCAGGCCAUUAACUUCAACGACCCCGUCUUCACCACCAGCCAGCACGGCAACGCCCUGUACGGCACGCCCAGCGGGCCCGUGACAGCCAACAGCCCACUGAAGCCGUUCAUGGGUCCGUCUGUUGCGGGCGACAGCAGCAGUCCGUUGGUUUUCUAUACCAGCAGAUCCGUCGAGGCCAUGGCCGUUUUUGGGUACACCUAUCCAGAAAUCGACGAUUGGUCGCUGGCGCCUGCCGACCUGGCCAACUCGGUGCGCAGUUCCGUCAACAACUUGUACGGGCCGGGGGCGAGCGGUGUUGCGGCGAGUAGGAAAUCGAAGAGAGAGGCAGCGAGCGCUAGUCGUCUCGGGUGGUGGAAACUGCCGCAUAUCCGCCGGGUGCGUGCCGCCACGAACGACAACAAGGGCAGCACCAUCGAUCCCACCGCCGCCGUCACUACCGCUGCAGCCGCUGCUUUGCACCCGGCCACCGUCAUCCCCAAUGCCCGCGCCCUCAGCACGAACGACUACAGCAUCGAAGUCAGCGUCGACCGCGCCCAGCUGCCGUUGCCCUGCACCAUCGAGCUGCACCUCAAUGGCCAAGGUGGCGGCAAAACCAAAGCCGGCCACCACCGCGACACCACCCGCAUCGGCAGCACCAGCAUCCUGUCCAUGCCCCAAACCGGCACCAGCUACUCGGUGACGCCGGUACGUCGCACGCUUGUCCACGAGGCCACGCGGCGGACGCCGCCUGCAGUCUUCAACAACAACGACGAUGUCCUCGCCAGACUCCGCGGCAUCAGUGUCGUCAUUAAGACGCCCGAAGGCCGCGCCGUGCUCGUGUCCUCGGUCCCAAGUCUGAACAUAAUCGUGCAGCAGCGCAGCUACACACCCAUGUCGGCCGACAAUCUGUUCCCAAAGUACGGGCCCGUGACAUCCUACUCGGUGAAGCCGCUAGAUCUGGAGGUGUAG